GCGAGCGCGCGCGCAGCGCCCCAGGAGAAACGUUCAGUCCAUCCUGCUGGUCAGCCGAGUCGUUCGGCACAUUCGGUAGUUCCGUCAAAGUGUAUAUUAAUACAAUCCCACCACACUACAUACCCACACACACACACACACACGUAUACACCUACACAGAAAUAGCCUACCGGCAGUAAACAAAGAAACCGAGCCGUCGAGAAGUUCGCCCGCACUCAGCCGCCACGGCCGUCAACCAGCUGCUCUUCGACGAAGACGUCAAGAUGUCCGAGAGCCACUUCGAUAAGUACGAACAUUACAAUUUCGACCAUGACAAGCACCUCUACUCCGGCCACAGCGGCAAGCAACGCACGAAGAAGGAGGCGGAGGAGCAUACCAACCACUUCGACCCGAGCGGCCACAGUCGGAAAAUCGUCACCAAGCUGAUGAACACCGAGGCUAACAAGAAAAUGGAAGAGAAGGCGAAGCAGUAGUGGGUUGCCUGCCGAUUCUACGAAGAUUAAUAUUGUCAUUUAGAAUAUAUCACUAUCCAGAACUCAGAAGGACGGGCUCGUGUUGAAUUUGAAUUCGUGAAGAGGAAAUUUCUACAAGGCUGUUUUACGUUAGAAUUAUAAUUAAUUAAUUAUAUAUUUGAAUACCAUGUAAACGAUUUUGUGAUUUGUAGAUGUUGAUUUGCUAGUAAUUAGUUUGUUUGAAUGCGAUUUUCUAUCAAUAGUAUGCUAAACGUGUGCUAAAUAUUGGAUUAUAAUUUUGUAAGGAUUAUAGCAUAUUCGGCGAGUGAAAACUUAAAGUGAAAAUAAAGCUUAGUACAAAA